AUGGCACCAUCUUCAGAAACCCAUCUGGCGCCAGCGACAGAGCAGCCGGUCCAGCUCAAUCGCUCCAGCAUUAGUUCGCUGCGAAUGGCCUUGGGCGUCCUUGGGCUCUGGAUAUGCCUCUUUCUGUCUGCUCUAGAGACCACCAUUGUUGCAACAGCAUUACGCACCAUUUCUGAUGAUCUCGACGGCCUGACACAGUCUAACUGGGUGGUUGUGGCCUACCUUCUCACUUACAAUGGAUUCUUACUUUUGUUCUCCAAAUUGACCGAUGUCUUUGGCCAGAAGACGCUACUCAUCGUCGCUCAAGUCAUCUUUCUAAUAUCUUCGUUGGCUUGCGGCGCAGCCCAGACGAUGCACCAGCUGAUUGUUUUCCGUGCCUUUCAAGGGCUUGGAGGCUCUGGCAUCUACUCGACCGUCUUUAUCAUCAUCGCCAAGAUCGUCACAGUUGAGAAAGUGGGUAUGUACACGGGGAUACUCAGCUCAGUAUUUGCGUUGGCCAGUCUUCUGGGGCCGAUCCUUGGCGGAGCUAUUGUUGAAAACACAACCUGGCGAUGGGUGUUCUUUAUAAAUGGCCCGGGAAUCGCCAUUUCUCUGGCAUUUGUCAUCCCUGCCAUUCCUGGUGCAAACCACAGACUCUUCGGCAAGGACCAGAUACAGCGCGUUGACGCCAUUGGAGGUUUUCUUUCUUUGGCCUGGCCGAUCCUGCUGGUAUUUGCACUACAGGAGGCGGGCGAUGGGUAUGACUGGAAUAGUAGCGUCAUUAUUGGGACGCUCGUAGGUAGCGUCGUUGGACUCGUUUCCUUCGUUGCGUAUGAGGUGUGGGUUCAGCGACAAUCGAACCCAGAGCCGAUAUUUCCCAUUCGAUUACUACGGAGUUUGAGAUUGUCACUCAACCUAAUAAACAUGUUCGCUAUGGGCGCAUGCUUCUACGCAGCCAUCAUACUACUUCCCCAACGAUUUCAGUCUGUCAAUGGGCUUUCAGCACUGAGUGCUGGCCUCAAAAUGCUUGCGUUUACGCUAGUAUCACCAGUCUCUUCUAUGGCAUGCGGCGUAGCAUUGUCUAAGAAACCUCUGGCUGUAUACAUCCUGUUGUUCACGGGGGCGGCUUUAACUACAGUAGGUAUGGGUUUGUUAAGCAGUUUGCCAGAUUCGGGGCCCGUAUCCAAUUCAGUAUAUGUGUAUGAAGUCAUCCUUGGUGUGGGACUGGGCCUUAUGAUGCCGUCAUUAAUCUUCUUGCUGAAGGUUGAGUUUGGCGAUGGAAACUUAGCUGCUGUGAUGGGCGCAAAUAACACGGUUCGAACCCUUGGAGGCUGUGUUGCCUUAGCUGUCUGUUCAACUGUGCUGCACACGGACCUCAACAGACAACUGGCCACUUUCCUCACUCCCAAGCAAAUUGCAGCUGUGCUCAGUUCUUCAGCAGCCAUCGAUGAACUCAGUGAUUUGGAAGCACUGCAAGUUGAGAACUAG